UAAACAAGCGGUGUCAAAUAGAGACUCCGAAAACAGAGUCUUCCGUCGAUCGCGAAUCGCGAUGCCGUUGCUAUCUCCUCCUCCGGCGCCGGCGAGCGCGCCAGGCCGCGGGAGGCGGCGAGAGCGCCGUCUCCGAAGGCGCCGAUCCAAGCGGGACUGGGCGGGGCUGCCCCUGGACGCGAUGCUCCUCGUGCUCCACAGGCUGGGCGACGCCGAUCUCAUGUUCGGCGGCCGGGCGCGGGCGUGCCGCUCCUGGCGCGCCGCGGCGCGGGAGCCCGAGCUGUGGCGCCGCGUCGACACGCGCGGCCUCUCGCGGCUCUUCUGGAGCGCCGCCAGCGCCGACCGGGUGGCGCGGCUCGCCGUCUCGUUCGCCGCCGGGGAGUCCGAGGCGUUCUUCGGCGAGGGCCACGUCGACGAUGACCUGCUCCUCUUCCUCGCCCGGCAUGCACCGUCGCUGAAGAGCCUUCAUCUCAUCGAGUGCCAUGAUGUACACAACGACGCAUUCGCGUUCCCUCUGCUGGAGGAGCUGGAGCUUUGGCAAUGCAACAGUAUACAUGCCAAAUGGGUUGUUGACUUUGUUGCCACAGCUUGUCCAAGGCUGAAGCACUCAAAACAUGCCAAAGGAAGAGUAUCCCGCCGACAUUUUGAUAGAACUGUAUACCCGGCCUACAACAGCGAAGCCUUUGCAAUUGCAAGGAUGCAGGAUCUACGUUCCCUGCAGCUUUUCGACAGUUGUCUCGACAACAAAGGGUUGUUAGCCAUCCUUGACAACUGCCCUCACCUUGAGUGCCUUGACAUCCGCUGUUGCGACAAUGUCUUCAUGGAUAGCAGUGAUCUGCGAGCGAAAUGUGCCCGGAUCAGGACGAAGAAGUUAUAUCCACAUGUCUGGACCGACAUCGAUGAUGAGCAGGACUGUCUAUUUUUGUACGCAGAGUCGGCCGAUGAUUCAGAUCGUUCUGUCUACUUUAGUGGCAAUGAGGAGACCGAUCUUGAAGAACAUGAUAGGAUUCUUGACAAGGGCGCCCGUAGGUACCUGAGAAUAUAAUGAAACGGUGAUCUUGGUGUUCUGAUGGAAAUGUGUGCCGAAACUGCUGCGCGCCUUCCCUGUUGUCCAGCGUUUAUUUGCUUCGAUUUCAGGCUGCGGGUUUUCUGCUUGGGAAUUGAUUCACCUCUCUACACUGAGUUCGAAAGCUUGUUUAAUUUCCGUAUUCAUGCUCAAUAACUGACCUUCAGACCGUAUAUAGUUUUCCACAAUAAAAGAGGUCACCAGUGAUUUACUUUACUAGCUCGUUGGAAAGAAGAUUUUUUUUUAAGUUAAACUGCAAGAGCUAUUGGAGUCCGACAAUAUAUAGAUAUAUAAUUUUUUAUAACAUGAGACACCAAAGUGCGACCUUUAAAGAUCGAACUAUGGUGGUUAUCAGCA